CGUUUUUGAGGCUGACAUAUGAUUAACUCAGAGCGUCAGGAAAUUCCAAUCCGUGCCCUGGUUUUCUCAGGUUUACCUAGCGCUCUCCCCACUCCGGAUCUUAAGAAAGAUCGCGAUCAAUACCAGUUAGAUCUUGAUCACUUAAUCAACACCCACAAACACCAACUUACAAUCACAGGCGGAUAGCAAAAGAAAGCGUAAAAAUAAGGUUAAGGAUUAAGAGAACAGCUAUCGCGCAACACCAGUCGCCGCCCCACAACCCCUGGAUUAUGACUAUUACGGUUGAAGAACGAGCGCUCUAGUCACCUAGCGUAAUCCAAAACGAGAUAAAAAGAUGGCUGUUUACAUCCUUAACAUCCUCAGUCACUUCGAGCUGAAGAAAACACCGCUCGAAGACGGAGCGAUACAGCUGCUGCGUUCCUACCCCGGCUGCGUCAUCCUAAGCGUCUGUUGGCUGUUUCUUACGCCUAUUGGAAUUGCCCUUGUGACUCUUGUCAACAUCGCUAGAGAUGGCCAUGCCAUAUUGGCUCCAUAUGGGCUGGACUUCCUCUUUGGUUUGAAGGGCCUUACGACUUUAUCCGUUGGAGUUCUUAAGUUUGCUACGUUCAAUUACGAUGUUAAUAGGGCGAUACGUUCCACAUUCCCAACAUGGUCACAUCCCCUUACUAUUGGGUUAGUACUCUACUUAAUCCAUAUUGGUUUAGAGAUUGGGGUUGCGAUAAAGCACGGUCCUGAGUUUCUAUGGGCUGCGCCGGCCACUCUCCAUCUCCUUAUUUCCAUUUUUGUUAUUAUUGGGCUCAUCCGGUUAAAAAACGCUCGCUCAAGGCGUGGGCCCGUUGCUGCCUAGUUGCCAAUCUAUUGGUACUUGUAUUACCGAGUAUGGGCGCGGGAUUUAACGUUAGAUGGCUGCAUCUGACUCAGUCUCUAUCGUGCUUGAUUGUUGUUUUGGUGUACGAAUCGGGAAAGUAGCCGAUUUAGA